CUGGAAAUGUGCAGGAUAAGUUCGUGCAUGCUAAAAUUACUCUAUUAGUAUAUAUUCGAAAACCCUAGCUUAAGUGGCAGUGAACGCUUUCUCCCGAUUUCGUAGCUGUCAAACUCUCGUCCCUUGGGAUAAUCCUAAAAACAGAGUGAAGUUUAAUCGAGAACGAUGGCUCAGAUGCAUGCAGUCGGAAGUUCUUCAUCUCCCAAUAUUGCUCACCAUGGUACUCUAAAUGUUAUGGGCGGUGGCACACAGGAAGAUGUAGUGAAUUCCAAGAGGACUGAUGUCAUGGGUAGCAACAAUGGUGGACUGCGUGGUAAGCUGAACAAAGUUGUUUUAGCUUAUAGUGGUGGUUUGGACACCUCGGUAAUAGUCCCUUGGCUAAGGGAGAACUAUGGAUGUGAAGUUGUAUGUUUCACCGCUGACGUUGGUCAAGGUGAUUUAGAGUUGGAUGGUUUGGAGGAGAAGGCUAAGGCUAGCGGUGCAAGUCAACUUGUUGUGAAGGAUUUAAAAGAGGAAUUUGUCAGGGAGUACAUAUUUCCUUGUUUGCGGGCUGGUGCAAUUUAUGAAAGAAAAUAUUUGCUUGGAACAUCAAUGGCACGACCUGUUAUUGCUAAGGCAAUGGUUGAUGUUGCUAAAGAAGUUGGCGCUGAUGCUGUUUCACAUGGAUGCACAGGAAAAGGAAAUGAUCAGGUUCGUUUUGAGCUUACUUUCUUUGCUUUAAACCCUGAACUUCAAGUUGUUGCACCUUGGAGGGAAUGGAACAUAACAGGGCGUGAGGAUGCUAUUGAGUAUUCAAAGAAACAUAAUGUUCCUGUUCCAGUUUCAAAAAAGUCUAUUUAUAGCCGAGAUCGGAAUCUUUGGCACCUUAGCCAUGAGGGCGACAUUCUUGAAGACCCAGCAAAUGAGCCAAAGAAGGAUAUGUACAUGAUGACUGUUGAUCCAGAAGAUGCACCUAAUCAUCCUGAAUAUUUGGUGAUUGGAAUUGAAUCUGGCCUACCGGUUUCCAUCAAUGGAAGAAAGCUUUCCCCUGCAUCCCUCCUUUCAGAACUUAACAAGGUUGGCGGGCAGCAUGGCAUCGGACGAGUAGACAUGGUCGAGAAUCGCCUAGUUGGCAUGAAGUCCAGGGGUGUCUACGAAACCCCUGGCGGAACAAUCCUUUGGGCAGCUGCUCGUGAGCUUGAAUCCUUGACUCUAGACAGGGAAACCAUUCAGAUGAAGGACUUGCUAGCACUCAAGUACGCUGAACUGGUGUACGCUGGCCGUUGGUUCGACCCUCUCCGCUACGCCAUGGACGCCUUCAUGGAGAGGAUCACAGAGACCACGACUGGAUCUGUCACGCUCAAGCUGUACAAGGGAUCUGUCACUGUUACAUCGCGGACAAGCCCGCAUAGCUUGUACAGGGAGGACAUCUCUUCUUUUGAGACUGGAGCAAUCUACAACCAGGCAGAUGCUGCUGGGUUCAUUCGUCUCUAUGGACUUCCUACUAGGGUGCGGGCAAUGCUCGAGAAGGGCCUAUGAUGUUUUUAUCUCCUCUGCUGGUAGCGAAUAGCAGUGCAUCAAAUAUUCAAAUGCUCAAAAAGUUUAGAUGUGGCAGUGUGUUUGCAAUCUCCUAAGUGAUAGCCUGAAGGCAGAUUAUGAUAAGUUAUGGUUUAAUCGCUUGUUUCAUUCCUGUGCCGACUCUAUCGAAGCAGUUUGUGAACUCUUUGUUUGUCUUUGAUGCAGCGAGUAUAGUUAGUUUGGCUUAA